CAAAAUAUCAAUAGAAUACAUGUAAAAUAGAUUGCAGCUGGAGCAUAGUAUGCAUAAUGAGUUUUUAAAAAUUGAGACUAGGCAGUGGCACAGCUGAAAGUGAGUCGUAGGUUCUGUCACACAUUUAAUAGUCUUUGUUGUGAUGUACUGCAAGUGCAUCAUGAAAUACUCUCUCAUAUAUGGCGUGUUGUGCGUGGCUCUAAUCAAUCCGCACGCAGGUCCUUCUCAAACAACUGCCGGUGUCUCCUGUGACUUCACGUGCGUCAUUUAGGGUAAGAUGUCACUCUUUGCAUUCAAUCAGAAAUCCGAUGGUGUAAAUCAUACAUAUGUAUUAUUAAUAUGUUAAGAGAAGCUUUCCGUAGAUCCUUUUCAAAAGACCGUAAGAAAUUAAUUAGUAGUUACAUGACCCAUUCUGAUCUGCCGAAUGCAUCAAUACUUAUAUAUACCACCUUGUUGUGUACGACUUGAACCACGUUCAGGAACUGUAGUUUUCCUUGAUGAUUGGGUAGAUACGGAUAAAAAGAUUUACAAGGAUUCUUUGUGGAUUUUUCAAGGACUUGUUAUGUAUAAGAUAAUCACACUUAAAGGUUUGAUAGAGCGCCAGGUGCUCACAGCCUGAUUGAAGUAUUAGAAGCCAAGAGUCUGUCACACGCUACGGAGAGGAAGCCGUAAUUCAAGAGCAAUCCAUUAACGUUACUUCGUGACAGAUGUCUUCGGGGAAAAGUAUAUAUAUAAGUGUUGAGCAGAACAUCAGAUGGGCACAAACAGUCUUCACUAUGGCGGGGAAAGGCACCAAUAAGGUCUGGAGUACCUCACGAGUAAAAGACGCUUUAAACAUUAAAAACGCAGAACCCAGCGACGUCGAGGCGAUUUCCGAUAAAUCCAAAAGAUUAAAGAUCUUGCGGAUCCUCGGGCUUGUAGCAGUCCUAAUCUUGGGGAUGGAGAUCCAGAACAGCGUCUAUCUCCAUGAAGCGCAGACGGAAAAGGAACUUGGUGAGAAGGUGUCUGAUGAGAUCGCCCUGAGUACCCAAAAGGGGCUGAUCGCUGUGAAGGUGGCGGUGGAGAGGGGCACUACUGCAUUGUACCUGAGCUCCGGCGGCGACUCAACGGUGCACGAGCGACUCAUCAAGAUGUACGGGGAGACGGACGAGGCACUGAAUGCUCUCAAGAAGUGGCCGAAGGUGUCACGUGACGAACCGUCUCAAUUUCACAGUCGAGAAAACCUACAGAACUACAUCCGGGACAACAGGAAGGUCCUCCUGGCGAAUCAGACGACAUUCGGCCAGCAACUAGAAUUCUACACAAACAUCAACGUGUUUUUCCUGUCGCACGUUGGAGACCUGGUACGAGAGGGUGACACGAGCAUGCUGUGGACGACAGGCGUGGCCUACCACAUGUUGCUGACCAGUAAAGACUAUGUCGGGCUGGAGAGGGCGGUGGGGAGCGUCUACUUUGCUAAAGGAGGGCUAUCCAGUGAAGACGAAAAGCGGUACUAUGAGGCCAGAUUCAAAGGGCAGUCUUACCUGGAUGCGGCACGUUGGUACUAUCCAGAAAUCGUCUCUAGCUUUGACAGACUUUUCAAAAAUACAACGCUCCAACAUAACAUCAUUCGAAUGCGCGAGAAGAUACUUCAGAACAAGAAAACCGUACCUGAUGUUGAGGAAGGUUUAAAUUGGUUCGACAACAUGACUACCUACAUCAGCAUCUUCCGUACAGCGGAAAAACACAUCGCAGAAAAAAUUAUCAACAUUUCAGACUACGAAGUGCUGAAGAGCAGUACCGAAGUUACCAUCGACAUCGUAGUGCUGGUGCUGGUGUUAGUUUUCAGUCUCUUGAUCACAUCCGGAAUCUACAGGAUGGCGAACGACACGCAGUCCUUCGCUUCCCGCCUCAACGAACAGACAGAGGAGCUCAACGAAGAACGACAGAAGGCGGAACAACUCUUGUGUCAGAUCUUCCCGAAAUCCAUUGCACAGGACAUGACGAAAAACAAAGCCGUGCCGCCUAAACACUUUGACACGGCAACGAUCAUGUUCUCGGACAUCGUCGGAUUCUCCCGCAUUUCGGCCUCGCUGUCGUCCAGCCAGCUGAUUGACCUGUUGAACCGUCUCUACCACACCUUCGACUCCGUCAUUGAUCAGUAUGACGCCACCAAACUGGACGGCUCAGGAGGUGCGUACGAAGUGGUGUCCGGACUACCGACGGCGAAUGACGACCAGCACGUGAGCGAGAUCGCGUCUCUGGCGCUGCACUUCCUGUCGGCUGCCGAGGUGUUCGACCCCGUGCACGUCUCCUGUAAGAUCAAGCUCCGCAUCGGCAUCAACACAGGGCCGUGUGUGGCCGGAGUUGUGGGGUACAAGCGACCUCGGUACCAGGUGUUCGGAGACACUGUCACCACCGCCAAGGGGCUGGAGACCACCAGCGAAGGAAAUAAGAUACAGAUUUCCAGCGCGACCAAUGAAGAACUGGUGCUGACCGGUGUGUUUAGAACUGUGCCGCGGGCGGACACCCCGAAAAGCGUGAAGGGGUCAAAGACUUUUUGGCUGCUGUCAAAGGCAACGACGAAGAUGGCGAACUCUCAUAGCUCUUUUGCGGUCUCCGUAAACGGAUAGUAAACUACUGUAUCGUCAUGAGUAUAAUGAUGCGACAUACAUGUCAGAGGAUACAUACUGCAUAAACAUGUUGAGAGCAUAUGAGGACUAGAUGUAAUGCAAGGAGUACUUGUUUAUCUGGGUCUAACUCAGUUGUCCUGUGUAAGCCCUUAAAAGAGUCUAUCAUCCAGGCUAAGAUGUUAUUGGCGGUUGCGUGGUUCUUGCUGUUAUGUCUGAGGGAAACGACUACCGCCUCUUUGGCGUUAGAUUGAUGUAAAGUAUACUGUAGUGGCUUAUACUGGAAUGUUUGAGCUCACGUUUCUCUCCUUUGCGUCAUGUCGGUAUUGAAAGUGUAUUACCGCCGUACCUAUCAAACAAUGUUAGAAAAUAUACGACUUUCAGGAUUACAAAAUUGUUGACAAGUUCUCGGCGUUAUGAUGAUAGCAACUUUGCACGGUUUUGUUUUUUCUGCUGUUUACAACUACUACACUGUACUAAUAGAAACUCUAAUAUGAAGCAUGUAUCCGUAAUUGGCCUGGCAUCUUUCAUCAUUACAAUGAUUAAUAUCUUCUCCAGCUUUCAAGAAGUUGAGGCUCGAGGGGAUUAGGUAAACUAGCCUAAGUGCCAUCCUCGUUAGUUUUCUGUUGCUUCCAUACCGGUUCGCUCCGCUUGCAGA